AUGCAACUCACUUUCAUCCUGUUUGCUACCGCUCUAUCGAGCAUAGUUGAUGCUAGCCCAAUCGUCUUGGAGCGCGAUACAACCUGUCCAAGCUAUAGUGAGAUGUCAUCCAAACUCCGCCCAGCACAUGGCUCUUUGCUGACCUUUUGCUCAAGCUNNCUCAUCGACACCAGAGGUACUGGUGAGCCACAAGGCCNNCCCUCUGCCGGAUUCCUGACUAUGAAUAAAAACACGCUUGCGCAAAAGCCUGGCGGCAAAGUUGUAUGUGCCAGUGAUGUGCAUUCGAAUGAAUCGGAAGCUGAGUUCUCUAGUNACAACACGGUUUACCCUGCUGGAGUCUUUGGAAUUACUGCAGCCGGUACACAGAACAUCAUCGAUCACAUUAAUAGCGUUCUCGCAUCCAACCCGGGAGAGUGCUUCAUCCUCGAAGGAUAUUCGCAGGGUGCAACCGCCGUGGUCAAUGCUCUGCCACAGCUCACUGGCCCAGCCUUCAAUGCCGUCAAGGGUGUCUGGCUAAUUGGUAACCCAGUCCACAAAGCCGGACUGGAUUGUAAUGUUGAUGCCAACGGCGGCAACACGACGAAAGAUGUCAAUGGUAUCAAUCAGCCGCUUUAUCAGGUCAGCGUCCCACUCAACUGGGUCUCAAAGACCAAGGAUGUUUGCGCUUUCGGGGACUUGGUCUGCGACACUCGCGAUGGUCCUUUCAUCGCCGGGGUGCACUUUUCCUAUCCCUUCGAUCCUAACGUACAGAACAUGGGCACCGACUUCAAUCUCGCUCAGCUCAAUGGUGGAUCUUGA